GAUUAUUUUCAAACUCAACGCUCAAAUCUAUGAAAAAAUAAUAGUCAACCCUAUUUGUUCCUUGUCUAUGGACAUUUUUGUAAACAAAUUAUUUGAUUUAGCUACAUGUGCUUCUCGUGUUCAUUAUUUGUUGUGAAAGACAUGUUGUUUAUAUUGUGAAAGUCAAAUUUAAUUAUAAUGUCCGGAUAUUUAGAAGUGAAGUAUCCGGCUAGGUCAAAUCCGUUCAAGUCGUGGAAGCGACAAUGGUGCAUUUUAAGGCCGAGCCCGACUUGUACGGGUGGUGGUUCAUUGGCUGUAUACUGCAGUGAGGCGGGAGCACCUGCUGGAACAGUAGAAUUGCCCGCCAACUGCGUGGUGCGACGUACGAAGUCUCGCACCCGCCCUAAUGCUUUCGCCGUGUUUUCCAUUGACGAACCACGAAAACCGCGCAUUCUUCUCGCGGCACAGUCUUUGACCGAGGCUCACACCUGGAUGGAAAAGAUACGAACUCUUCUGAAUACUAACAAAAUAUUAGACACCGAGAGCUUGCUCAAAGACUCGUACUCGGUGACAGUGGUACCCACCGAACUGUCCCGCAAGUGUGGACUCAAUUGUGACAGCGUGCUCACAGUGACGUCCACGGGGCUGCUAGUGUCCCGCGCCCACAAGCUCGGCACAGUCGUCGAGUGGAAACACAUCGGUGAUAUCCGACUGAUCAGCGACAACGCUGACAAGAACCCAACCUGUGCACUUAUCAUUCCUAGUGACUUUACAAAUGGUGGCGGGGAGCUGAAGUUCUCGAGUCCGUUGGCUGGCGAUCUGUCAGCCGCCCUGAAGCAAGGUCUCAUGGCCAGUCGACCCGCGCGAGGCGGUAAAAAACGCAGCAAGAGCGAGGGAGACCUGCGCUCACCGAAAUGCAGCGAUCCCGAUAUAGGUGAGGUGCGCCGCAGCAGCUGGUACAGCGGACCCUCCGAGGUGUCUCUCGACGACCUUGAUCUCGUUAUGUCCAAGGAAUCGAAUCGCAUACCCAGCGGGCAGCUGUCGCGCUGCAGCGGCGCCGGCGACCUCGGCCCGUCGUCGAUAGUCCGCUCCGCUUUACUGCUGUAUAAUAGUAACGUGAAAUCUGUCACAUCCUUCGAUGACAACAUGUCGGACCGGCGCUCCGUGGUGUCGGUGUCGUCGGGCAUCUACGAGGAGAUCCCGGACGUGCCGGCGGGUGUGUCGUCCGGCGUGGAGGUCGUGCGGGCGGCGUGGCAGGAGGAGCCCGCGUACGAGUCGGUGUCGGAGUGCGUGUACGCCACCACGCGCCGCGCGCGCCGCCCGCCGCCGCCGCCGCUGCCGCCGCGUCUGCCCGCCGGGCUUUUGAAACCAGGCGAGUCGUGGAACUGCCAAUUGCACUCAUCACCUCGCAACGCAGUGACGCGGCACAGCUCGCUAGGCUCGCUUCCGCGCUGCUGCAGCCUCUCCUCAGCCUCCUCGGGCUCUUCAGCUGGCUCCGCCUGCUCGGGCCGGCUGCUGCCCCAAACCUCCAAGACCCUGCCAAAAUUGGACAAGACCAAACAGCCGUUCAGUGUAUUCCGAAAAAGGCUCAAAAGCGAUUCGCGCCUCGGCAACUCGCCCAAAUCAGAAACGUCCAAAGAGAACAAAGAUGUCGAGACCAAAAAGAAAAGGUUUGACUUCACGCCCACGCGUGAUAUAUUUAAAAGCUUCAAGGUUAGACGUAAGAUGAAGAAUUUAAAGAUCACCUCUGGUGCUCUGGCCAAGGGGGAGACGAAGAGCUGUGAGUUCCUGGACGAAACUGAACACGUUACCACGAACCGAUGUUCGAAGUCCGUGGAAUGCCUCGAAGACCCUGACGAGUUCUUGAACGAGUUUGAUACUGACCUCUCCAUAGAAUUCAACGAUGACGCCGUGGCAGCUCUAGCGUUACCCCAGGAAAUUGUUGAUCUCAUUCUACGAGGGCGCGAACAGUUCGCAAAGAUAAGAUUAAAAGAGACGCCGGUGGAGGGAGAUUAUUUGCCGAUGUCGCCCAUAGUGCCGCCCCCGCCCAUAGAACAUCAGUACAUGGUAAUGUCGCCUAGGACGAAUCUCGCAUAAGUCUAGUCCUUAGAUUAUCUAGUUUAUAGGCUUGAAUAGACUGGGAACCGCGGACACUAGCGAUACGUUAAUAACUAUCCAAUUAAAAGCAAUAAUAUUGUAACGACUUAAGAUUAUGAUUGAGUUAAUUAAAACUAAAAUACAAUAAAUUCGAAUGUAGAAUGUGAUUACAGUCCGUGUGGAUAAAACUUAAGUCAUUGCAAAUUAAAUUUAGAAGUGCCAAUUUAAGUUUAUGAUUGUCUUUGGUCAUCUUUUGACAGAUAGUUUUCGCGGUUUUUUUGUUUAUUCAUAAUGACAACAGGCUCAUUGAUGAUAAUGAGGAGAUAUUGGUUUUAAUUGUAUAAAAGGUACAUUUUUCGGUGAAUUUUGAUGGUUUAAUAAUUAUCUCCAUCUAUGCAAAUUAUGAUUGAAAACAGAUAAAAAAAAUAUGAUUAAACGAAAUUACAAAUUAAUUUAAAAUGUACUUUUUUUACUAGUGAGAUUUAUAGAUUUGCAUAUUUGCAUUUUUUUUUUCGUAUAUCAAUAUUUCCUCAUCGACAUAUCCUUCAGUAAGCCUGUCAGCUACGAUAGCAGAAGGUUUAGUCUAUGGUUCGGUGUUACCAGCUGGAGUAUUCAAGCUAUGUGAUAGUUUUACUUGUAUAUUCUGGUACCAAUUUAAGAUUUCAAUAGGAACAGUUGGCGGAAAUUGGAAUUAGUAUAUUUUAUUUUUUCUAGUCUAUUUAACAUUAUAGGGAAUGGUGGAGGAAGUUUGGUUUAAGUGAAUGACGUAGUAAAUAUUUUCGUGGGACUUGAAAAAGAGAUAGGUUAACUAUCGCUUUAUAGAAUGUCGCCUCUAUUACUCUAUUCUAUUUUUCAUCGCAUAACUAUGUGAUCUUUUGUCUUUUAUGUAUAAAGCCGAAGUUGAUUUAUUACCUUUUAAAGUCCGACGUGUCAUGUUUAGUCGUGAAAAAGUCGAUAAUGUAAAUUAAUACGGUAUACAGAUGAGAAACAUGGUAUCACAUCAGAAAGUAUUACAUGGAAAGAAAUUAAUAAACCUUAAGUAUUUUUUUUAUUUAGACAAGUUUUUAAAAACGCCGUUAAUAUGCUUUGAUUGACACGUGUAGUGAAUUUAUUUAUGUUUAUUAAUUUAAUCCAGAAUUUAUUCGAAACAUUUAAACUAUUUACAGUUCUCUUCUAAAAAUAUACGUCGUCUUACUUUAAGUCAAAAGCUAUACGAAUUAUAUUACUCAUUUUCGUAAUUUUUUUUUUCAAUUUUAGCUUAAAUACGAACUAUAAUAAUCAUUUGUCAAAACAGAAAACUUUAAGGAUACAUUAUCAAUUGCAGGCAUUGUAUAAUUAAUGACUGGUUGUAAUUCAAGAAAAAAAAAUAUUGCGAUAUAAAAUUCAAAAAUCGAAUUCAAAUGUCUUUAAUUCUUUAUCUAUGCUUAACUGCGCAGACCAAGAAUAGGUUCCCGAGAUGAAAAAAUGUAAAAGAAUAAAAAUUAUCCAACAGAAAAACAGCCAGUUCAUAUAAUAUAAGAUAGGGUUAUGUAUAAGUUAACUUUUAUCUCUUCACAUAUCUCAUAUUGGUUUCAUGGUAGUCUUAUUGUGAAGUUCUGAUUAUUAUGAUUCUUUAACACUAUUUCGUAGUAAAAAAAAAAGCUGGACGCCGACUCCAAUCCUAAAAAUACAGACUAAAAAAAUAGGUGUAUAUUUUUGAUAAUACAUUUAACCUUUUGAAUGAUAAUGAGUUAAAUUCGUAUAAUUAUACUAGUAUUAUUUAAAUGGAAAUAAAUUUUGAUAUGGCACCAUUCAUUUCAAAUGUAUUUAACGCUGCGCGUGUCAAAGUGCUUGCUGAACCAAAAUUACUAGGUUGCAAUACGAGAUAAAUUAAUAGUAAUUGAAUAAAAAUAAUUUUCACACGAUCAUGUACUACCAAAUUGAUUAAAAAUUACCAAAUAUAAUUAUUUAGGAUCUCAAAUAAUUCUUGAAACACGCAAUAUUCAUGUAUUAGUCAACACAAAUAUAAGAACUUAAAAUUGUUUCGCAAUUAUCGGUUUAAAACCGAGAUUCAUUCCAUUUUUAAAUAAUCUUUGAUUGAUUUUAUUAAACACUCUACUCGUCGACUCUUGUUCUGUUACUGCCGACUUCUUCAAUCAAGUAAGAAAAACAAUUUAUUUGUCACAGUUAUUAAUUUAUAUAGAUCAGCCCCACUAGACGAAAUACUUUUUGUUAGUGGCAUCAUUAGUAAAAAAAAAAACUAAAAACUUUAAAUUAGGCGGGAAAAGAAUGCUAGCAUUUUUUUUUUAUUUAGACUUUAGAUAAGUGAUAAAUGAAUCUACAAUAUUUUGUUCGUAAGACUGCAUGAGAAAGAAUAAGUUGCCUGAGUUCGCUGUCACGUUUAAUCUUACGCACGCGAUAGCGAUAGCGUGUCUAUCGAUAGAUUCAUAUAUUCAUUAUCUAAUGACGCAAUUAAUUCGCUUAUAGAAAUGUACUUUGUCUAGAAGCUGAUCUGACUAUGCAACUAUACAUACAUAUAUAACACGUGUUUAUUUUCUAAAUUCUAAAUUAUUGUUAAAUUAUUUCUAAUUAAUAAGCUCUAGUUAAUUAUUGAUUUGUUUCUAAAAUCGUAAAACGUUAAUAAUAGUCAUGUAGCCAAAUAUGAAAGCAUGGCCUAGUUUCUACGAGUUUUUAAAUCUUAAGAAAAUAUUAUUCAGUAUUUUUUGUAUCUUUAUAAGGUUAUAUAAUGCAAGUUGGAUGUGUAAUGCAUAUCUGUACGCACUGAAAUUACUUGUAUCAAAAAUUAAAAAAAAAAAUGAAUAUUUGUUUUAUAAUAUAUUUACAUAUUUUCCGCCAUUUUCGUCUCUACGCUAUUAAAGUUUCAAAUUUUGCAAUCGUAAUGGCCAAUGCCCAUACACUUUUCGUUCUCACGAAUAUGUAAGGGCACCAGACAACUCAGAUGCCAGAUUUAUAUUAGUUAAGUGUUUAGUAUAGUGCCUAGCGCCAGUUCCUUAGACAAGUGGCGUUUUUCAGUGACAAAUGUUUUAGUUAACAUAACCUAUGUUGACAAAUUCGUUUAAAGAGAAAAAAUAACUGCUUUGUGGGACUUUUUUUUUCGUAUAAAAUUGGAAGUCAUUAUUUUGUUCUGCAAAUUUGUUCCGUUACUAAUUGGUUUACGUUGCUGCCCUUACCUAUUACUUACUCACUCAACUAAACACUUGACCAUUGUAAACCGGGCAUAGAAUAUCAUAGUGUAGAUAUAACGGCGGGAAGUGUUAUCAUAGGUUACUUAUAAAAUUGUGAUGUAAAGAAAUGUGACACUGCCAAAAACGUGGAGCCUUAGAUUUAAAUGCACUGAUUUAAUGUAAACUAUGACAUGUUGUCCACAUGUUGGACCUAUUUGAAUCAACUUUGUAGUUUUGGAGCCAACGUACCAAUUUGUCGAUAAAUAUCGGUUAUUUAUAAAAACUCGAUAUUAAUCUUGGUCUUAGUCGAUCCGACAUAGAACGUCACUAUUCCAAUUACGUCAUAACGUUUAAUCUCGGAUAUCUCCUAACACGGAUAAAAUUUUACAGAACACACAGUAAAUUUAAAUAAAAAAAAAAAAAUUCUAAUUUUGAAUAUAUUCCAAAUAUAAAGAAACCAUAAUGUAAAUUAAUUGCUUUUAAUUAAUUCUCUAUACAUUCAUGUAAAAAUGUUUUUAUGUGACAUAAAGAAGGGUGUAGACAAAUUGGAAUAAAAAAAAACUAAAACAACUUGUAUUUUAGAAUUUCUUAUUCUUAAAUGUUAGCUAAGAGGUAAUUGUCGAUUUACCGAUAAAUAUUAGAUAUAAUAAUUGAAAACUUGUCGCCCAACAUUGGUUCCAAAGCAUAGUCCAACGUGUGCGUACAGUGUUAUAAUCACCAAAUAACGUGGAACAUUGAAUCAGUGUUUAGUAUUUAUGAAGUAGGUAAAUAUCAGUCGGUAAUGUACGAAAGACUGAGGGACAAGACUAGUGAAUUUUGGAAACCUUUAUAAGACAGUAUUAAGACGAGUUUGUAUGUGCCAGCGAGCUGAGCUUGGGUGCCCUGUAAGGGUCUGCGCACACUAGGAACUGAAGACUGACACCGCAAGGCAGUCAUCAUUGAUCUAUAAAUGACGAUAAUAAGGUAUAUAGGUCCUACCAAACGUAUUAAAUGUUCAAAAUGAUAUCAUUGAUUUAUUUAUAUUAAUUAUUUAUUUUUUACGUUCUCAUUGACUAAGUAAGGUUUUUCCCACAUUUGUCGACGCGUAAUCGCCUUCAACUGUAUAUGUAUCAACAGUAUUUUCUGUUGACAAAUGUGUGGUGAUCCUGUUAAAUUGAUUGAUUGAUGAUUGUGAAGUAUUAAUUCUAAUUUAUUAUAUGAUUGUGACAAUUUGUAUAUAAAAAAAAAAUAGUGUGCUCAGACCCUGUAACAGCUUAUUUUCAUUGUAUACGGCUUAAUUUGCGCUAAUGUGUUGUGAUACUUAUAAUAAAUUGUUAUAAAACUAAUGAGCUUGAUGGCUUCUGUUGAUUUUGUCGAUUUCUAUUGACUGCGUUGUAUUCGAAUGAUGGGCAAAUAUUCCAAAUGUUUGACCUUAUUUUGUAUGCGUAUUGUCAAAUGUUUGCGUAUUUUGUCGACAGUGGCUACAUAUUGGUCGAGUUCUAACAUGUACCUUAUAUGUACAUGUACCUAUGUAACAUGUACCUAUAUACUUAACAAGUGCAGCUCUGUUAGCUUUGAACAAUAUGUCGGUGGCUGGACGUGUUUUUAAGGAACUUAAAGCAAAAUGGAUACAUAUAUACCUAGAUGGUGCGAUAACUGUUAAAAACGUUCCAAAAACGGUCAACCAACUGUUGAAUAGUAUUUUUUCAAAUUAUGCGUAAGUCUGAAAAUGUAGUACAGUGAACGCUCUAUAUAAGCAACCUCUCUACAAGCAACAUUCUUUAUAUUUUAUUUAUUCCACUCAGCUUAAUUAGUAAAAGAAAUAAGAAAAAAUAUUCUCCAGACGGUAAAGUAUUUUUAUACUCCUUUUUUCCCUAUAAGGAACUUUUUCUAAUUGAUUUUUUUUUUUUAUUGAAAUUGGUUCAAAUGAGUUGCUUAUAUAGAGCGUUCACUGUAAUAGUAUUUCUAGACGCUCUAUCUAGGUGUAUAUGAGACAGAUUGCAGGGUGAACACAGAAUUGAAGCUUGAAAGACGUCAUAUCUUCUGUCUCUACCGUCACUGUUGCGUGUAAGUGGGAUAGAUGGUGGAUAAGUCGCUAUUGUUUAUUUCUAUCUGAAUCCGAUCUGAUUAUAUCCGGAUUUUCUGUGAUGUCCCGCUUCAAAAUAAGUCGUGGAUUGUCCCGCACAAUGUUUGAGCAAGGCCAUUUAUCCUGGAAAAUAUAAUUUUAUUUCGGAACCUUGGCAAUGACGGUCAUUGAUUAUUAAACCUUAAGUUUUUAAUAAAAUGUUUGACAUUAUUCAAAGAGUCGAAUUUUAUCAGGUAAGCUGAAUGCACUUGUCCUUUUGCCGUUCUAUGAAAAACAAAAUCCCGGAUGUCGAACCGACACCAGGAAAUCUCGGAAAAAUCCUUUUUAGCAUUGGUAACCCUACAUGCAAGUGAGAUGGAAGAUACGCGAAAGGUCAUGUAAGAUCUUUAUCGGCUUCAACUUUGUGUUCACCACACAAUCUUAGUUUGGUUAUAAGUUUCUUGCGUGUAUUUAAUCGAUAAUAAAUACUUAGUUCGAAUUUGCGUAGCUUCUCCCCGUAACUUAGUGUAAGGUCGGGCUUUACGCUGACUAAUUUUUAAACUUAGAUUAAGUACUUAAUAUUCCUAUUAUUUUUAGUGCUGUCUUAGAUAAAGUUGUCGGUUUUUUUUUUAGUUUAAAAAUUAAUAUAGUUUAUUUUUCUCUGCGAAUUGACGAUAUCCUCCAUUUUGUUUUUGUUGUAUUUAAAUUUUACUGCCUACCCACCUUGCUGAGAACAAUCACACUAUAUAAAUCGUCAAGCAAUGCAGGGAUUACAGGGUCGAUUGGUGAAUUCUAUUUUAUUUUAUUUUAUUUAUUAGGCGCACAUAACAGAAGUUUACAAAUACAAACUUAAAUUAUAACAUGCAAGUACAUUAAUGUAUUGAUCAGGUAAACUUGCCACAACAUGUGCACACAGCGUGAUCCAAUAAUAAAUGCGACCUUCACCUAUUCAUGGGUUGGUAAUAAUAAAUAAUUUAUAAUAAGAUAUAAUUACCUAAGUCAUGGGUUGAUUUUGUUCCUGAAUUGUGCAUUGAUGGAUGUUUAUGUUUUUAUACGUCAAGUUACUGUAAAAACUUUUACGUAAAGAAAAUGUGAUGCUUAAAAGAUAUACAUAGAUUAUAGGUAUAUUGAAAAAUACAAAUAAAUAUUCUAAUAUGUAAAAUAUAUAGUUGUAUUUUUCAAUCGCAUAAAUAGAAAUAUGUUUGAAACGUAACACAGUAUUCUUGAUGUUAUCCUCAUAUGGCUGAGAGACGUGUUAUGCUGUACAGUGUAUGCCGCGUAAAUUACGCGACGCAAAUCAAUUACGCUCGUUAGAUCUUGUUCUUAUGAACUUUCUCACCAAAUAUAAUUUCAAAUUUACUAUAUAUUUGUUUCAUUAAUCAAAUAACUAACUCAUAAUACUGCCAUAUAAAGUGUUACUUGUAAUGGGUAUAUCAAGUCCAACCAAACUCUGUUAUUAACGGUCAUAAUAGUAAACAACAUUUCCCACACAAACAGCCAUAGUGGGAAUAUCAAAAUUGUAUUUAGAUUCUCCACAUAAACUAUGCUGUCUCGUGACUGAUUUUGUAUGAAAGAUUCAAAAGUAUUUUUUGAUUAUUAUCAGAAUAAUUUAUUCAGUUUUAUGAAUAUUAUUACUGGUAAAGCCUGGGUUAAUUCAUUCCGAAUAACUUUGUAUUUGCAACUGAAUAAAAUUAAAAAAAAAACAUGUAACGUUCUCAGUACCCAUAGCCGUGAUUUGUUACUAGCAAGUGGCAAGGGAGGCCAGUCUAAAUAAAAUGAUUAUAUGAUUCAAAUUGUUGAGGAUCAAAAUUUUCAGUUUUGUUUGUUUAUUUUGUUUAUAUAUUCGAUAUGUCGAUAAGGAACAUCGUGUUAUCUAAAUAAAGUUUGUAUGUGUAUUGUCACAA